AUGCCACCACUGACAGAUGGUCAAGAGGCGGUGUUGGCGUUGUUGCCGAUCGUCCCCUCUCUAUUGAGUUUGGGCGGCAGCUCCACCAUCAUCUAUGUGGUGUUCCAACACUGGCGUCAAAAGGGUCGCAAGACGACCGUCUAUCAUCGAUUACUGGUGGGCAUGUCCCUGUGCGACUUGGUUUUUUCGUUUUGGUUUCCGUGGAUGGCCUUCUUGACUCCUUCUACUACAUCAAGUGCCCACAAUCAGUGGUCGAUUGGAACGAGUGGCACGUGCACAUUCAUGGGAUUCAUUUUCAAUUUUGCCUUUACGGGUCUACUGUACAAUGCCAUGUUGUCGUAUUACUUUUUACUGACGGCGCGAUUCGGAUGGCGCGAUGAAGACAUUGCCAAACGAGCGGAAAUCUGGAUGCAUUUGGGUGCUGUGAUCUAUCCCAUUACGUGUGCGUUUGUCUUUGUGGGAAUUGGAGCGUACGACGAACAAUCGAUUGGAUCGGGCUGUUGGCUGGGUGCGUAUCCGGAAGGAUGUGGAACGGAAGAAGGACAAGAGCCGUGUAUUACGCCACUGCUGGGAUGGAUCUCGGCCGGAGUGCCUGUGAUUGUGGGAUUCUUUUCCAUUUUGAUCAACAACAUGAUCAUCUUUUGUCAUGUACGCAAGACCAUUCGCAAGGCCAAACGACACUCUUUUCAACACCAGCACUCGAGCAAUUACAUGUACGACUCGGCACGCAGCAUUGGAGGAUCCGGAGGAGCCACACAAGGAUCCGGUUUCUUUGCCGCCAGUUCCAAAUUCUUCAAACGAAAACCCAUCGAUGCACAAACGAGACGCAGUCAAGCCGUCAUGGUACAAGCUGCCUUUUACGUACUCGUGUUCUUUCUCAAUUAUAUUUGGACCAUGGUAUUGCGAAACAUUACAGCGCGCGACAAGUAUUGGACAUCCGAACACGAAUCCGAUUUGUUUGUGCUGUUGGUCCUGCAAGCCAUCUUUCUACCCGCCCAAGGAUUUUUCAAUUUGUGUGUCUUUUCGCGACCCAAAUAUCUACGAACGCGCAAAUGUUUUCCUCUGCAAUCGCGAUUAUGGUGUUUUCGACGUGCCAUGUUUGGAGAUGCCGUCAAGGCGGCGCAACGGCGACCAUUUCCGAGACAAGAACUAUUCACUCACAGCAAUGUUGCCGCCACCGCAAGCACCAAAAAGCCGGCACCCAAGGAAGAAGAAGUGCCAGUCGUCACGGAGGAUCGAACGUCUUCCACCACGGCCACGUUUCCCCAGCCACAGCUUCUUGCGCAAAUCAACGAAGAAGAAUCGGAAGACAACAACAACAACUACUACAACAACACGCCAACUGCACAGGUCGAUCUUGCCUCUCCCAUGGCAGACAGCACGACAAACAUACACAUGGACGGACAUAAUAUGGACGCAUCGUUGAAUCUGGAACACCUCAUGUCAGACCAUUCGUCCCUUCGAAAAUCAGAUCGUUCCAGUGCGUACGCCCUAAGACAAUCCGGGGUCUCGCUCCACAGUACGACUAGUUCGGCACUGCGAGACUCGGUGGGAUCAUCCUCACGACAACAACAGCAACAGCAGGGUCUGGGUCGAGCUGGAAGUAACUUUUUUGGAGGAGGUAAUAAAUCGACUCAUCACCUACGACGAGACAAAUCAUCCAAUCUACGACAAGAAAAAUCCUCCCGACUUCCACGGAUCAUGUCGCGACUGGGAUCACUCGCUGUAUUUGACCUGUUUGAUACCAGUUUCAAAUCGGGUGUAUCCAGUGACAGUCAUCAUCGUAACGCCAACAACAACAAUAAAUCAGAGGCAGACUUUGCAUCGCCCUUUAAUGAACAAGGCAACAAAACCAUCCGACGUGGAUCUGGUAUGGAUUCUUUCUUGUUUGGUGACGACGACUUUUCCUUUGAUGACGAUGAUGAUGAUGACGAAGAAGAACAAAACCAAGAAAACGAGCCCCUCCCAUUUGAUCAUGUUGUCGAAGAAGAAGAAGACGCGCCCCUGCCGUUUGCUCGUGCUGUGCAAGAGGAAGACGAGGAAGAGGAGGACCAAUUGGAAUUAGCAACCACCAAACAACAAGACGCCAAACAAGUGCGCGAAGAAGAGGAAAUGGAUGGAUCCGAUCAUUAUGCAUGA